AGAAAUGUCUGUUAGACAAGCUGAGAUGCGAGCUGCUGUCUUUGGAUCAUCAGGAUGGAAUGAGAGGUAGAGUUGAAUGUCAUCAGCAUAGCAGUAAUAAGAAAAGCCGUGUUUCUGAAUGACAGAACCUAGUGGUGCCAUGUAAACAGUGAAGAGAAGUGGUCCAAGAACUGAGCCUUGAGGCACCCCAGUAGAUAGAUGUUACAGUCUGAAGGGAUGUUUUAAUGAUGUGACUGAGUGCAGGUACAACUGCGGGAGAAAUGGCUUGAAGGAGAUGAGAUGGAAUAGGAUCAAGCGGACAAGUAAUAGGAUGAUUAGAAAGGAUGAGUUUGGAGACUUCUGCCUCAAAGAGUAAAGAGAAGGAUGUGAACAAGUGUAUGUUUGCUGGUAAGAUGUGCUUGACAGAUUGUGGUGUGGGAAAUUGUGCACUGAUUUUUAUUAAUGAAGAAUGUGGCAAAGUCGUCAGCUGUUGGAGUUGAUGAAGGAGGGGGAGGAGGAAGACAAAGGUUGGAGGAAAAUGUUUUAAAGAGCAUGCAAGAGUUAGAUGAAUUGUCAGUUUUGUUAUGAUAGUAUUUCCUUUUAGCAGGGGAGACAUUAGCAGAGAAGCAAUAGCGGAGUGACUGAUACACAGGAUUUUAAUCAAAUGUAAAUUUUCCAGAGUUGCUCUGUGAAUGAAUUAGGCUAAAUAUAUUCACUCAAGUGAAACUUUUACAGACCUCAAGAGGCCACUAGAGGCUGGUUCUAAUCUGGUGGACUUCACCCCAUCAUCAAGCUUUGUGUGAAGACAAUGAAUGAAUAGACUCAGGCACUUGCUGAUUACGUUAUGGGAGUUAGGUAAUAAAGAAUUAGUUAAUCAGUAAAUUUUGUUUUCUGCCUAAAUCCAUCUGUGAUUGCAUUGCACAUGGCAGUGUAUAUAAGAGAGAGUGAAGAAGAGCUUGCAGGACUGGAGAUAACAUCUGGUCAACUUACGACAUGAAGGUGUGCAUCAUUGGAGCGGGGGUCAUCGGCCUCUCCACCGCUCAGAGCAUCUACCAGCACUUCCACAGCAGGAUCACCCCCCUCACCAUAGAGGUGUAUGCUGAUGUCUUCACUCCACUCACCACCAGUGACGGGGCAGCUGGACUCUGGCAGCCCUAUCUCUACGACAAGGGCAACGUGCAAGAAACUAAAUGGAACAAAGAGACGUUUGACUAUCUUCUAAGUUGCCUCAGCUCUUCAGAUUCAGUGAAAAUGGGAAUAUUUCUCCAGUCGGGCUACAAUCUGUGCACUGAAACUGCACCAGACCCUUCCUUUAGAGAUGCCGUGUUGGGUUUUCGCCAGCUGACUAAACGUGAGCUAGACAUGUUCCCGGGAUACAGUUUUGGGUGGUUCAACACCACUCUCAUGAUUGAAGGAAAGACAUACCUACCCUGGCUUAUGGACUGGUUAAAACAAAGAAAUGUCAAGUUUCAUCAAAGAAAGAUUGGUUCAUUUAAAGAGCUGGCAGAUAGUGGUGCUGAUGUUAUCAUCAACUGCUCCGGUGUCCGAUCAGUAGACCUCCAGCCUGAUCAUGAGCUCCAGCCAGCCAGAGGACAGAUCAUUAAGGUAGCUGCUCCCUGGAUAAAACAUUGGAUCACCACACAUAAUAUCUCAUCUAAAGGUGAUUCAGCGUACAUCAUACCCGGGAGUCGUUUAGUCACUGUGGGUGGAGUUUUCCAAGUAAGAAACUGGAAUCUGCAGAACAGUUCUGUUGACCACAAAAACAUCUGGGAAGCGGCCUGCAAGCUUGAGCCCAGUCUACAGCAUGCACGGAUAGUAGAGGACUGGACUGGUCUCAGACCCGCUCGCAGCGAAGUUAGACUGGAGAGAGAGACCAUACGAUCUGGACCAACCUCGUUUGAGGUCAUUCAUAACUAUGGUCAUGGUGGUUUUGGACUGACCAUCCAUCGUGGAUGUGCUGAGGAAGCUGUUCGUCUCUUUGGACAGAUCCUGGAGCAGAAAGGACUGCUAGCUCUCUCUAAAUCACGUCUCUAAUAGAUAUAUGACUCUGGACAAUGUUAGACAUAAUUUUUAUCAGACAUCAGCAAUAGUCUCUUUAAUCAGUAGCUGACAUACUGAAUCCAAAAGGAACUCCAUGAGUUUAAGAAUGUAUCCUUAAAUACUGAGAUGUAAAUGUACAUCUAUUAUUUUUAUUAUACUUUAAUAGAGUUUUCAAAUAAAAGAUAACAUAACACAAUC